AGAUCCUCACUAUAUCGUUUUUGGCUUGAAAGACAGGACAAGGCAAGAGAUAUGUUGACAAAAGUCUUAGAGGCAACUCCAAACGAUGUUGAAGUUUUGAUAGAUCUUGCUCAGCUUCUGGAAGGAGUUGAUCCGCAUAAAUCGCUCACUCUCUAUGAAAAUGCUUGUGAUCUCAUAAAAACGAGUGAAGAUGGUUUACAAAUUGAUCCGCCAGCUGCUAUCUUAAACAAUAUCGGAGCCUUGCACAUGACUUUGGAAAAUUGUGAAAGGGCGAAGGAGUACUUCGAAGCAGCGGAAGCUAAGCUCCAAGAAGAUUUGGAGGGAGAUCUGUGCGAUUCGAAACUUUCUUCCUAUGUCAUCACUAUGAGAUACAACCUCGCUAGAUGUUUGGAACACUUGUGCUUGUUCGAAGACGCUGAAGUUUUAUACAAAGGCAUUUUGAGAGAAGAAGAAAAUUACACGGAUUGUUAUCUACGUCUCGGAUGUCUUGCACGCGAUCGAGGGCAGAUUUAUGAAUCAUCGGUGUGGUUCAAAGAAGCGAUAUCCGUUACUGUUGUAUAGACCUCGACACGAUACCCAAUUGACAUCGUGCGUCAAAAAUGCGUACUUGAUAUAAAGGCGGUGUACACUACUUACCUCAACCU